AACCCACCCAAACACCCCCUAACCGGUUUCGAAUCAAACACACACGUCAUCAAUAUCAGGCAAGAAAUCGAGUAACGAAUUAUCUAAGAUCUUAAACAGCUUCUCCAAUCGCUUCAACGAAGAAAUUAAACAGCUGAUUCGUGGGAGCUUUAACCGUUUCGUGAAACAACAUCAUUUGCUGUCGUUGAUCCGAGACCUUCGAAUAUCUGUUUGUAUAACUUCUUCUUCUUGCUAGCGAACAGCACUCAAAUCAGGGAUCUGUGGAAUUAUGGCAGCAAUUUACAGCCUCUACAUCAUCAACAAAUCAGGGGGUCUCAUCUUCUACAAGGAUUAUGGAUUACAAGGAAGGAUGGAUACGAAUGAUAGCUUGAGAUUGGCCAGUUUGUGGCAUUCAAUGCACGCAAUCUCUCAGCAACUCUCCCCCAUUCAGGGCUGCUCUGGUAUCGAACUUCUUGAAGCCGAUACAUUUGAUCUCCAUUGCUUUCAGUCUCUUACUGGGACAAAGUUUUUCGUGGUAUCUGAGCCGGGGACACAAAAUAUGGAGAAUCUGUUGAAGCAUAUUUAUGAACUCUACACGGAUUAUGUUCUGAAGAAUCCGUUCUAUGAGAUGGAGAUGCCAAUACGGUGUGAGCUUUUUGAUAUCAACUUGGCACAAGCGGUACAAAAGGAGCGUGUUUCAUAUCUUGGGCGAUGAAAUAAAUGUUUUACAAACAAACACGUACCCGUUUGAGCAGUUGAAUUGAAAGAAUGUUUGUCUGUUAAGUGAUGUUAUUACUUUCCCAGAUAUCUUUUGAAUAUGUUUCCUACAUAAACAUGUGUUUCUUUGGCAAA